AUGCCACCUUCUCAGCUAAAGCAGCUGAAGGCCUCACUCCGUGAUAACGGAGUGCUUGGUCCCCAGAAGUCCAAGAAAGAAAAACGCCAAAAUGCAAAAACCGGCGUCGGUGCGAAGAAUCGCAACCAGCGUGAGGUCGCCUUGCAAGCCAUUCGCGAUCGAUUCAACCCGUUCGAGAUCAAAUCAAUCAACAAAUCGAGCAAGUUCGAUGUCACAACUCGAGAUGGAAACACAACUGCUGGAGGGGGUGCUCGUCCAGGUGUUACCAAAUCUUUAGGUGAAGAAAGACGCCGCGCCACUCUUUUGAAAGAGAUGAACAGUCGCAACAAGAUCGGCGGUCUUGUCGAUCGCCGAUUCGGUGAAAACGAUCCCACCAUGACUCCCGAGGAACGGGCCGCCGAGAGAUUUGCUCGCGAGAGCCAGCGCAAGAUGCGCAAGGAAUCCAUGUUCAACCUCGAGGACGACGAGGAAGAGAUGCAGCUUACUCACAUGGGUCAGUCUUUGACGUUUGACGGGCCCAACCAAGAUGACUUCGAUGCGGGAGACUUGGAGGAAGAGCAAUCCGACGAUGAGGCCUCGCGCAAGCGGAAGCGAUUCCCCGACGGAGAGGAAGGUCAGGACGAAGACCAGGAAGACUUCAUCGACUAUGAGGAUGGAGAAGAGCAACCGGGGCGCAAGAAGACCAAGGCCGAGGUCAUGAAGGAAGUCAUUGCCAAGUCCAAAUUCUACAAGGCAGAGCGACAACAGCUGAAGGACGAUGAUGAAGAUUUGCGAGAGGCGCUUGAUAAGGAACUUCCCGAUCUCUUUGACGCCCUGCGCGGCAUGAAGGCUCCUUCUAAGGCAGAGGCCCCCAAGCAAGACUUCUCGGAGAUGAACCCAGAGCGAGCUGCCAUGCUGGAGCAGUCGCAAAAUAAGGAUCCAGAGAAGGAGUACGACCAGCGCCUCAGACAGAUGACAUUCGAUCAGCGAUCAAAGCCCACGGAUCGCACCAAGACCGAAGAGGAGAAGGCGGAGGAAGAGGCUGAGCGACUCAAAAAGCUGGAGAGCGACCGUCUCCGCAGAAUGCGCGGAGAGCAACUCACUGACGACGAGGAUGAAAAUAUGGACAUGGAUGAACUUCCGGAAGAUGACGACGAGUCAGAGAUCGACGAUGCUACGCAUUUCGGCCUUCCGGCCUUCUCUGCUGAUCCUCGUCCGGAAAUGGCUGUUGAAGAUGAGGAUGAUUUCAUCAUUGAUGACGAUCUGGUCGAAACAAAUUCCAAUGCCAGUCUCGAAAUUGGCGAGAGUGACAUUGAGGAAGACUCAUCAGACGACGAGUCUGAAGGGCCAGAUGGAGAGGACGAGCUCAUUAACGGCAUGACGCUACCAACAGAUGCUUUCGCUACUGCUUCGACUGCUAUUGAAGUCAACAAGGAAUCGAACGGAAAGCUCGCGUUCACCUAUCCUUGUCCCAAGGACCAUGACAGCUUCCUGGCUAUCGUUAAAAACGUGCCUGUCGAGGAAAUCCCCACAGUCAUUCAACGCAUUCGUGCCCUGCACCACCCUCGCCUCAAGCCCGGCAACAAGGACAAGCUUGGUCGAUUCGCUGAGGUACUUGUUGAGCAUGUCUCCUACAUGGCGAACGAGGAUGAACAACCUCCAUUUGCCAUCCUUGAAAACAUCAUCCGUCACAUCCAUUCUUUGGCUAAGAUGCAUCCUUUGAACGUGACCAUCGCGUGUCGAGCCCGCCUUCGUGAAAUUGGCAAGGAACGUCCACUCAACCUUCUUCCUGGCGACCUCAUUCUGCUUACCGCUGUCUCAACCAUCUUCCCUACAUCCGAUCACUUCCACUCAACGGUCACACCCGCCCAUCUCUGCCUAGCUCGAUACCUGGGCCAGUGCUCUAUAACCUCCCUCGUAGAUCUUGCGCAUGGUGCAUACGCGUCCAGUCUGUGCCUCCAAUACCAGACCAUCUCCAAGAGAUACAUGCCCGAGUUUAUCAACUAUACUCUGAAUGCGAUCUCCAACCUGGCCCCAACAGAGAUUGCCACCAAGUCCGGAGCCUUCCCUUACAGGAAGUCACAGGAAUCCGUACAGCUUGUGUCCUCCAAAAAGGCCACACCCCGCAAGCUGCAAUUCCGUGAUUUGACCACCUCUUCCUCCGAUCAUCAGGCCCAGGAAGACCUCAAGAUCUCCCUCCUAAACACCUUCGUGUCCCUCCUCGGUUCCGCAUCCGACACCUGGGCCGAGAAAUCCGCCUUCAUCGAGAUCUUCACGCCAGUUCGCACUGUCCUAAAACAGCUCCGCUCAUCUCUCAAGAGCAAGGUCUACGCGGCAACCCGCGACAUCAUCCAAAGCGUCUUGAACAAGAUCGAUGCCCAGCUCGCACAAGCACGUCUCGUCCGCCGCCCUCUCUUCCUGCACAACCACAAACCCCUCGCAAUCAAGACGGCCAUCCCUAAAUUCGAGGAGAACUUCAACCCGGACAAGCACUACGACCCGGAUCGCGAGCGCGCCGAGUCCAACCGUCUCAAGAAAGAGUUCAAGCGCGAGAAGAAGGGCGCUAUGCGCGAGCUCCGCAAGGAUGCCAGCUUUAUUGCUCGCGAGAAAUUGCGCGAGAAGAAAGAGCGCGAUGCAGAGUACGAGACCAAGUACCGUCGUCUCGUUGCAGAGAUCCAGAGCCAGGAGGGCCGUGCUGCAAACGAAUACGAGCGCGCGCGUGGCAGGAAGUAA